GCUUCUUCCACUUUUUUUUUCCCCAGCAAAAGAGAAAAACAACUGAAGAUCCCUUACAGAUUAAACAAUAUUAGAAAAGAAAGGAAAAAAAAAAAGUUCUCGUUUGCAAAUUGCUUUUUAUUUUUUUAUUUGAAGGGUUGAGAUUGAUAGGCAGAUCCACACCCCAAAAAUAAAUAAAUAAAUUCACCAUCCAUCUUCUUACAUAAAAAACCCUUUGAUAAUAUUCACCUUUCACUUUGUUAUACUUAAAUUUUUUUUCCUUCUUCUUCUUCUUCUUCAUAUUUUGGUGCUGUAUGGAGUCAAGUAUGGUAGAAGGGUCAGCGGAAGCGGCAACGACGGUGGCUGGAAUCCAUGAAGGAAGUGAAGGUGAAGAAGAUAGAGGUAGGGUUGAUGAAGGUGAUCGGAGUUUUGGAGGAAAUCGAUGGCCUAGGCAAGAGACUUUGGCUUUAUUGAAGAUACGUUCCGACAUGGAUUCCCUUUUCCGGGAUUCAACACUUAAAGGUCCAUUGUGGGAAGAGGUUUCCAGGAAACUAGCUGAGCUUGGUUAUCAUCGAAGUGCUAAGAAAUGCAAAGAGAAAUUCGAGAAUGUUUACAAGUAUCACAAGAGAACCAAAGAUGGCAGAACCAGCAAAGCUGAUGGCAAGACCAAGACUUAUCGUUUCUUUGAUGAAUUAGAAGCCUUUCAAAACCUUCAUUCACUUCAUCCACUGUCACCUCCUAAACCUCAAACUCCAACCCCAACGUCCGCUUCUGUCAUGAACCCUACCAAUGUACCUCAAUCCCAUGCCACUGUACCUUCCAUCAACCCUACCUUGUCUACCCAACCGGUUCCUCCUCUCCAUUCCAUUAAUCCUUGUUUCUUUAAUAUUUCAUCCAAUCUUUUCUCCACUUCCACCUCUUCCUCGACCACGUCCAAUGAUGAUUCGUACCAAGGAAGCAGUGGGAAGAAGAGGAAAUGGAAGGAGUUUUUCAGGAGGCUGACCAAGGAGGUGAUUGAGAAACAAGAGGAGUUGCAGAACAAGUUCUUGCAAACCAUAGAGAAAUGCGAACAACAAAGGUUGGCUCGUGAAGAAGCUUGGAGGGUGCAAGAAAUGGCAAGGAUCAACAAAGAACAUGAGCUUUUAGUCCAUGAAAGAUCCAAGGCUGCUGCCAAAGAUGCUGCGGUGUUUGCAUUCUUGCAAAAGGUAUCGGGACAACAACCCAACACGGUGCAAGGCAAUCCUCAGCCUCAGCCACAGCCACCUCCUCCGGCGCAGCCGAUGUUAGCUCCGUUAUCGACGCCUCCUCCUCCUCCUGUGCAGGUGAAGCAGCCAAAGACACACCCGCCGCCAACUCAAGCUUUGAAUUUUGAUACCUCAGAAAUGAGUAAUGGAGGGAAUAGUGCGGUUUCAGUUUCACUUUCACCGAGUCCUUCACGAUGGCCAAAAGUUGAAGUUGAGGCUCUUAUAAAGCUUAGAACUAAUCUUGACAUUAAGUAUCAAGACAAUGGACCAAAGGGUCCCCUGUGGGAAGAGAUCUCAGCCGCCAUGAGAAAUCUGGGAUAUAAUCGGAGCGCAAAGAGAUGCAAAGAGAAAUGGGAAAACAUUAACAAAUACUUCAAGAAAGUAAAAGAAAACAACAAGACACGGCCCGAAGAUUCCAAGACAUGCCCAUAUUUUCACCAGCUGGAUGCCAUCUACAAAGACAAAAUAAGCAAAAACGGCAACUCCCUCGCCACUUCAUCACCUUACGGUGUCAAGCCCGACAGCAGGUCCACGGUGCCACUAAUGGUAAGGCCCGAACAACAAUGGCCUCCACCGCAAGGAAACAACCACCAGGCCGAGACGGUGGCGAUGAUGGAAGAAGAAGCUGACAAAGGCAAUGUGGGUCACAACAACAAUCACACCCAAGAAGAAGAAGAAGAAGAAGAAGAAGAAGAAGAUGGGGAUACUGAAGAUGAAUAUGAAGGGAAUGAUUUCGAGUUAGUAGCAAAAACUGCUCCAAUUGGCAGUGGCGGCGAGUGAGACAACAAAGGGAAGCUUCUAAUCAAAGAUGACAUCAACUCGGACACUGACAAGGUGGUUUUACUACUAUACUAUAUUUUUACUUUGGUAAAACAAAAAAAAGAAGAAGAAAGGAAAACACACACAUACACACACCAUAGCUUAUCCUCAAAAACAUGAAAUUUGUCUUUGACUGAGAAGUAACAAAAUUUUGUUGGUCUGAAGAGGGGAAAAGUGAGUCAGAUUCUGAUGAAUUCAGCAACAAGUAGUGGGGGUGACAUGGAUUAACAGCCAUGCACAUGGGGUGUAAUUUUAUUGUGGGGUUAAAUGUUUUUUCUUUGUUAUAAUUUAUUAUUUGAUUGCUAAAUAAAAAUGUUAAAAAGUGUGGAGUUUGCACAGUAUCAUUAAAAAAUAAAAUAAAAUAAAAGCCAAUUAGCUCUUUGUAUGA